AUGACACGGCUUUAUCAAUACAAGGAUCUUGAAGUCGAAUCAAGCAACUUUAUUGAUGACCAUGCUUUGGAUGUGUUGCAACCAGAUGAUUUUCUUUCUUUGUCAUCGGAAGCUCUCCAUGAAAUCCUAAAACGUGACUCGUUUUAUGCUAACGAAUUAGUUAUAUUCCGUAUGGUUUGUCGCUGGAUCAAUGAGAAUCAAAUCGACGUGGAUCCUGAUACUAAAAUCAGAGUCUUAUCCGCCGUCAGGUAUCCGUUAAUGAGUGAUGAAGAACUGUCCGAGGCUCGAAAAUCACAAUUGGGUAAUGCAAUUCCUUACGCCAUACAAUUUAGAAACACUUUGUCACCAGAUAAACUGCAAUUUCGUGGACAACUAAAACCCCAAGCGAGUCUUAUUCUUCGGUCUCGGUGUUUUCCUCCCGUUAUCGAUCAUUUUGACAGCGGUACUCGUAUGACAAAAUUAGAAAAACCAUCAAUUAUAAACUAUAUUGAACUUAUGUUAUCGGAUGGAAGUGCUAUGAAUCCAAAGAUGCUGCUUUGGGGAGGCGAUCGCCAAGCCUAUGGUUACACUAUCGAAUCAUCUGUCAACAAUGAGUAUUGGGAAACGAUUAUAGACAAAUCUAAGGAGCUGACACGAUCUUGGCAGGUGUUGCAAUUUGAAGCCAGGCCGAUGUUGGACAUUCGUAUUACUGGCGUUCGCAGUUCAGCUGGCGGUGUGAGUAAAAUUAAUGGGUGUUAA